AAUGUUGGGAUUACAGGUGUGAGCCACCAUGCCCAGCCCAAUGUGGUUUAAUUUUUUGAGGAACAACUUUGCUGCUUUUCACAGUGACUGCACCAUUUUAUGUGUCCAUCAGCAGUGCACAAAGUGCUAAUUUCUCAAAAUAACAUCCACACCAACACUUGUUAUUUUCUGUUUGUAUUUUUUUUGGUAAUGGCUAUCUUCAGGGGUGCGAUGUGGUAUCUUAUUGUGGUUUUAAAUUACAUUUCCCUAAUGAUUAACGGUGCUGAGUGUUUUUUAUUGUGCUUAUUGGCCAUUUGUGUAUCUUUGGAGAAAUCUCUAUUCAAGUGACUCUGCAUUCUUAACCAUUACCAGUGCUUCUCUUAGAUUUGUAACCUCUGAGAAUAGUGGGUCAGCAUUCUGGGCUGAUGAAGGCCUCCCUCAGGAGCUGGCCACUGGAUGAUCUGUUUGGUUGAAUAGUUAUCAUCGCCCACACUUUGGUGGCAUUUGUCAUUCAUGGGCCUCAUGCAGAGAGGGAGGCACUCUUGUGAGUCCUCCCAAUUACAGUUGGGGAAACUGAGAUAUGGAGAAGUUGAGUAUCUUACCCAAGGUAGCAUAGCUAAUCAUGGUGGAGCUGGGAUUUGAAUGAGUUCUGGAGUCCAUGCUGUACCUUACAGAUAUGGCCAGGGGGAUGCAAUGGCAAAGGCCACUGCAGGCAGUACAACCAGUGUGUGCAGAGGUUUGGAUAUGGUGGCUUUGGAGAAAGAACAGGUCUUGGGUAGAAGUGGUCAGAGCCCAGCUUGAAUGGGGGUGACCUGAAGUGGGAGGAAGAGUAGGACAGGUCUAGAGAGGCCAGGAACAGCGUCAGAGUUUGGGGAGGAGGCUUGGUGCUUAGGGACCCUGGCCUUUUUUCUUCUCACAAAAUAUUUAUUAAUUAUAAAGGAAAAAUAAUAACUGCACAGUGGAGAAAUUUGGCAGAUAGUGCCUUAACCAAGGAAUUGGCUGAUCACUAAGAUUAAGACAAACUGUUGUUAUGGGUGGGUGUGUAAUGUACCUACAGUCCCAAUUACUCAGGAGGCUGAGAUGGGGGGAUUGAGCCCAUCUGUUUGAGGCUGCAGUGAGCUAUGGAGUGCACGCUAACCUGAGCAACACAGUAAGACCUCAUCUCUAAAAAAAGAAAAAGGAAGCCUCCCAAUACCACGUACUAAGAAGGACACAAUGUCACUUCUUUGUUAUUCCUGACAGAUAUGUUUAACUUUCUCUCCUUUCUUUCUUCCUCUCUUUUUCUCUUUCUUUUUCUUCUUCCUUAUUGAUGUAAGAAAAAGCUUUAUACAUUUAAUGUAUACCUCUCAAUGAUUGGCCUUGGCCUUUGAGGUGUCCUGGGUCCAGUCCAGCCACUUGUCCAGUGGUGUUUCCUCUUGUUUGGUCCCUGGAGGAAGAAAAUAUGGAAGGGUGUGAUGGACCUCAUGGUCCAGUGGGAGAGACAGCAAACAAGUUAUAUUUCCUAUCCUAGAUAACAGAGUAUCUAAAAUGACAGGAUGCAAUGAAUGCUCAGGAAGGAAUAAAAUGGGUGAAAGAGCUGAGACCCCCUUUUUGGUGAGAUCUGAAGUGGAUGAGGGAGGAGGUUCCAGGCAGAGAACAACUGGUGCAAAAGCCCUGAGGCAGCAAAGACCUUGUGUUCAGGAAUAGCAAGGAGGGCUUUGUGGCCAGGGCAGGAAAGGCUGGAGAUAAGAUGGGAGAUCUGGAUAAGGACUAAGUCCUGGAAGGCCUGAGGGCCAAGUGGGGAGCUUGGAUUUUAUUGUGAGGGAGCCACAGGAGGGUUUAAACCCGGCAGUAAUGAGAUCUUAUUUCUGCUGGGAAAACAUUGCCAUGAUUGCCCCCAUUUUACAGCAGAGGAAACCGAGACUCAGAACCAUAACCAGGGAGUGCUUCCUAAGGUGGGUUCUAACUCUGGGGUCCAGCUGAGGAGGCAGUAGAUUAUUUAGGAAUUUCUUGGAGGGCACAUCUGGUGAGGGGCCAAAGCCCAACACUGAAAAUAUUGUCUCUUCCACCUCCCCUCCCCAGAUAUGAGCCUGGGUUCCAAUCUUGGCUCUACCAUUUAUCAGCUGUGUAAUUUUGAGCAAGUGGCCUUACCUCUUGGAGCCUCAGUUUUCUCAUCCAAAAAUGAAUAUAAUAAUGGUAGCCACCUCACAGGGUAGGUGUGAGGAUCAAAUGAGUUAACAUUUUGUAAAGUGCUUUGAAGAGCGUCUGGUACAAAGAAAGUGCUCAGAUGAGAUUUGCUUUUUUUUUUUAUUAUGAAAAUCAUUAUUGUUGUUUUGCUGUUACUACUAUUAGUGCCUAAAGGAACACUCCCCAUCCCCCAUUUUUGCCUCAGUGGAGGGCUAGGCAGGGCCCUGCAGGCCAUUUGGGGGAUGAUGGACUUGUUGCCCCCUCCCCUGUAAAGUUAGGGACUGGAGGAGGCUGCAGUGCCCAGGGGAAGGAAAGCUGAUGUGAAUCACUGCCGGCCUCCUCAUGCCCUACAACCUAGCCCUGGCCCAGCUCCCACAGGCAGGGAACAGGAGCCUCUUCAGCCUGUGCAGAGCAGAGGGCUGAGGCUGAGGCCUGGGGGACCCCUCCUUUCUGGGUCUCAGGAUUCCCGUGGAAAAUGGCCUAUCAAAUGCACCUACCUGAAGUGAAUUAUAGGGCUUGGGCUGGAAGAGGUGGCAGUCACCGCCUCACCUCCCUCCUGGGAAUUCCUUCCUGCAGGGCUGCAGUCUCAUGGGAUUAAAUGAGGAGACUCGGGGGGUUUAAAUGAGUAUGGUGCCUGGCACUCAAAAAUUCUAGUUAUUGUUGCUACUAUUACGGCUGUUGUUUGGGAUGUGAAGGAUGUAAACUGCUUUCACGAGGCUUCUAAGGCACUUCCAGGCCCAGCCUGUUCCAGAGGGACCGAAUCUACACGUGACAGAAUGGAGCGCCAGAGAGGUCCCGAAACCUGGUCAGGGACACACAGCUAGGAAGUGGUGGCGUUAAGGCGUGGUCUGAGGGAAAGUGCCCAGGCUGGACUCCCCUGAGUGAUUUUGGGCUAGUGUUUCAGCCUCUCCCAGACUCAGUUUACCAUUAGUCAAAUGGGUAACAAUUGAACUCACCUGAUAAGUGAUUGUUGGGAAGAUUAAAAUGGGUUACCCAAUACCAAGAAAAUCACUUUCCUGUGCCUAGCACAGUGAACAGCACCUGGCGGUCGUUCUGAGUCAGGGAGGGGGGCUCAGUUUGUCCAUCUCUCAGAUGGGUGCGCUUGCCUGCCAGGGCCACGAGGACUCCGCGCGCCAGAUGUGUGGUAGGCGGGUCUCGGCUCCCGGAAGAGCUUUCCUGGGUGGUCCUGGAGCGGGUCGGACCCGGUUCCUGAGCCAGGCCAGCUGCCAGCCGCCGGGGCUCGGGUUCCGGCCCCUGCCUGGCUUUUCUUCCUCCUUUCGGGUAAUACGUGGGCCGGCGGGUUCACUUGCCCGCAGCCGCCGGAAGUUGCGCAAACUCAGGUUGCCUGAGCCCCAGGUGGGCUGGGCUGGAGGAGCGCAGGCCAGCCGCGCGGGCGCAGCCAGCAGUUGCCGGGGUCCAGCUGCCUCCAUUCUGCCUGGAUCUCUGGCUCCUCAUUUCUCCAGUCUCCUCAGACCAAAUCCCUUGGGAUAUGCAGCAGCCAUGCCUGUGGACAUGCUGAGCCCUGGAGCCCCGGCCGCCCCUGCCCUACCUUGCCGCCUGCGGACCAAGGUCCCCGGCUACCUGCUCCGGAGGCCGGCAGAUGGUGGAGUCCGGAAACCGAGUGCUGUGGAGCGCCUGGAGGCCGACAAGGCCAAGUACGUCAAGAGCCUGCAUGUGGCCAACACCCGUCAGGAACCUGUGCAGCCCCUGCUGUCCAAACAGCCACUCUUUGGUCCUGAGACUCGCCGCACAGUGCUCACACCCAGCCGCCGAGCCCUGCCUGGCCCCUGCCGACGGCCCCAGCUGGACCUGGACAUCCUCAGCAGCCUCAUCAACUUGUGUGAUAGUCCCGUGUCCCCUGCUGAGGCCAGCCGCACUCCUGGACGGGCAGAGGGAGCCGGCCAGCCUCCCCCAGCCACCCCCCCACGACCGCCACCCAGUACCUCUGCGGUCCGCCGAGUGGACGUCCGCCCUCUGCCUGCGUCACCUGCCCAGCCCUGCCCGUCACCGGGUCCUGCCGCCGCCUCCAGCCCAGCCCGGCCACCGGGUUUGCAACGCUCUAAGUCGGACUUAAGCGAGCGCUUUUCUAGGGCAGCCGCUGACCUGGAGCGCUUUUUUAACUUCUGCGGCCUGGACCCGGAGGAGGCAAGAGGGUUGGGUGUGGCCCACCUGGCACGGGCCAGCUCCGACAUCGUGUCCUUGGCCGGGCCCAGUGCUGGGCCGGGCAGCUCUGAAGGGGGCUGCUCCCGCCGCAGCUCGGUUACUGUUGAGGAGCGGGCCCGGGAGCGCGUCCCCUACGGUGUGUCGGUGGUGGAGCGCAAUGCCCGCGUGAUCAAGUGGCUGUAUGGGUUAAGGCAGGCACGGGAGAGCCCCGCAGCUGAAGGCUAGGCUGCCGCUGGACCUGGAAUUCGCCACAGGACAGAUCUUACAGAGGCAAGUGGCCCCUGGACCUCUCUUGCAUCCAUUCUCCGGAUCUGCAUGUCAGAGGCUCCACCCUGGGGUGAACUUGGUAUGGAGGCAAAGGCUUAGAGGCUGGACCAGCAUUCUUGGGCAAGGACUGACCCUGAAGGGUUUUGCUCUUUGGACAGCCGAGAACCCCUCCUUCCACCCCAAUACAAGGUUUUUGACAUGUUAUUCCUGAUUAGUUCCUCUUGUGGGGCUGUAUUUGGGGUGCUUUGCCUUCCCCACUGAGAGUGAGGGCCAAGGGAUCGCCUCCAUCCUGUCUCGCCAGUGGCUCUGUAUCCUUCCUUCCUUCCUUAGCCUCUGCCCUUUGCUGACGUCCUCUUCCUUACCCAGCAGAACUCACCCUGGGGUCGUGGCAGUGGGGAGGAGCCUAUCCACUACUCUUCCUAGUCCUUGGCAGCUGGCCUAGGUGGGUAGACAAUGUUGGGGGCUGGUUAGGAAUCUGCACUGCUUUGACUUACCUCCCCUUGGUUAAUAAACACAAAUGCUUGUUUCUCAA